CACCUCGUCACGUUGAGUGCACCGAAUUUCAAAAAAACUCUUUGAAGAAGUCUCCCUCCGAAGGCUGCUGAUACCACUCUUUGUUGGGAAUUAAGAAACGAAGACCGUUUUAUGCAGUUUAUGGAAUGUUCACUAAUCCUGGAUAAGAUGGAUGUUGAUGGAGACAAUUCUGGCCCUGACAGCAAGCGUCCAAGAGUUUGUAAAAAUGAAAAGGAAGACAAGAAAUCUGCUGAAGAACUUGUUCCUGAUUCUUCCUAUGUAAACCAUGCUGAGAUUGCUUGGCAUGAGAGUAGAAGAGUGUGGGUGGCUGAUCAAUCUCAAAAGUCAAAAAAAGAAUGCCAACAGAAUCCAACUAGCUCAAUUACAGAAUAUGAAGAUCUACUUGCAUCUAGCAAGCCUUUCAACCACCCAAUUCCAUUAGCUGAGAUUGUUGAAUUUCUUGUUGGCACUUGGCAUGAAGAUGGUCUUUACAAGUAAUACAAUACAGGGAAUACUCCCUUUAGUGGACUGCAACAAUCUUGCACAAUUUAUUUUUUGGUGAAGAUCUUGAACGAAGUGGACCAGACUUCUUAUUCCAACUAGAUACAGUGAUUGUUGAAUUUCUGCAUGGUUUACUUCUUUCAAGAUCUUCACAAACACAGGCUUCUUCUUUCAACUUUGUGUUGUCCUGCUACACAGCUAAAACUUUUUCGGUUCUCAGGCAGGAUGUUUCCUAUUCUGGGCAAAACUCAAUGCUGCUCCAUGGAGGAACUGAGAAAAUUGUAUUGUUACUCUGAAAAUGUUCCUUCAAUUCAAGAGAGGAUAAU